UUAGUUUCAAUAGGAACAUUUGCCGAGCCCAAUGUCGCGGCACAUAUAUGGGAAUUUCCACAUGUGGUAUCUUUCAGAAUAAAGAACGUUUAUAGACCUUUUUGCGCUGGUGUUAUUUUAAGUCCGUGGCACAUUCUUACGGUAGCCAAAUGCGUCGACGGGAAACUAAUCAAUCAGGAUUCUAUCGGAGUUCAUCCAGGAAAUGCUAAUUCAUUGGAUACCUCCACACCGAUGCAUACAAUUAGUCGUGUGGUCAUUCAUCCAUCUUACACAGGAACAUUAAGCAUGCGAUCGAUAUACGAGCACAAUAUUGCUGUUGUCAUUUUGAACGAGGCUAUUUUAUUAAAUACAUACCAAAAUAGGAUAGCACUUCCACGAAAUGAGCCACCAAACCUUGUUACUGGAGUUACCAGUGGUUGGGGUCUAAAUAGUUAUUCACUCGAACAAAAUCCAGGAGAAUUCGCAAAAAGUGAUGUGACUAUACUCAAUAGUUUCCAUUGCACACAAAUGCUUCCAUUCCUCGUAAAUAAUGGACAGAUAUGCGCAAUAAAAACUAAUGGAGUUAGCCCGACUGACGUAGGAGGACCACUAGUUUACGAUCAAAGAGUUGUUGGUUUAUUAUCCUAUGUACGUACGUCGCCGAGAUCAGAUCCUGGGAUAUAUACAAGUGUACAUCAUUAUCUGGAUUUCAUUAAAUCCGUGAUAGCUCCUUAAGCUUCUAUGCUAUUAUUUAUUAUUUUAUAAAUUAACUUAAGAAAAAUUGUUACAAUAAAUGAUUAUGUAUAAAAAUGUUAUAUAUUAAUUCUUAUUACUAAUGAACAU